AAGACAGGCAAGAUCGCAACAGAACCCCGCUGCCGACCACGAUGGAGACCUUUGCAGAAACCGCGCCGGCAUACCUGCGCGAUGCGCAAUUCUCGGACUUCACCAUUGUCUGCGGGGCCAAAGAGUACAAGGUCCAUCGCGUGAUCAUCUCCUCGCAUUCCAAAUACCUCGCGCGUUGCUGUUCGGGUGACUUCCAAGAGGCAAUGACCCACCGUGUUGAGUUGCAGGAAGACGACCCUGCCGCGAUUGCGAGGAUGAUCGAGUACUUCUACAAGUUCGACUAUGAGGACCGUGAGGACACAGCGAAUGCGACGGAGAACACUAUCCAGAUCAAUGCUAUUGUAUUGGUCGCCGCCGAGAAAUACGACGUGCAGGGCUUGAAGCUGCUUGCGCGCGAGAAGUACAAGACAGCGUGCUCCUCCAAGCGUCAUGAUUCCAUGGCUCUUGCAAAGGCAGCAC